AUGGCGCUCAACUUCCUCCGACCGGGCGUCCCCGGCAUGCAGCCGUUGGGCGACCUCCGCACCGCCAAGUCUGCGAUCUUGUUCGGGGCCAUCAACGGCCUCUUCUCGCCGCCCGUCCUGGAGCUCUGCCUCUGCACCGGCGGCGGCCGCCCGUGCGACGACGACGACACGGAGCAGAGGUACUACCAGCUCGCAAACUUUGUGCUCGCCAUGCUCGGGGUGGCCCUUCUGUUCGUGGACAUGGCGCUCUCACGGGCGGCGGUUCUCGCCUCGCCGCUGUGGCCGCCCAUGCUCAGGUGGAUGGUGUGGCUCACGAAGGCCUUGACCUGCGGCACGCUCCAGUUCGGCGUCAACAUCGUGUAUUUCUGUCUCAAGAUGCUGUGCGCUAGGUUCAUGCUCGUUUUCGCCUGA